UCCUUCUGGCCACUUUCCUUCCUAGGGAGCUGGAGUCAUUUCGCCAGGGAGAAUGCAGAGCUGCGCCGCAUGCAGGUGGCCCCGAAAGUCUCCCUUCCCUGGCCCCCAAACUGGCCCCCAAAGUCCCCCAACCUCUUCCCUCAUCCCCCAAACUGUCCCAACAAACUUCCCCUCCCCCAAAACUGCCCUCCAAAUCUCCCCACAGCUCUCCCCGGGCUGGCGCUGGAGCAGCCACAGCAGCACCCCCCAUCCCUCCCCCACACAGUCAGUCACCGCGCAGCCCCGCCGGCAGCUGAGCAGCCAAGUGGUCAGCCGCUUGUCCUCACUGGAGCCCCCCUGGUCCCGCAGCACCCCAGGAUGGCAGGUUGGCGUAGCCUACAGAGAUUCAGGGACCCCUCUGGCCUCUAGCAUGGUGACCCCCCAGGCUGGGACAAGCGAGGGGCAGGUACUGGGGCAGUGGGAGGGACUGGGAGGGACUGGGGUCCUUGGGAUAAACGAAAGACGUGGAGAGGAGGAUCUGGGGGGACUGGGAUAAACUGGUAGAGACUGAGAGGGGAUGUGGGGAGCACCAGGAGGGACCUGGGGGCACUGGGAGGGGGUUACUGGGAGGGACUGGAAUAAACUGGGAAGGGUAACCGGGAGGGACUGGAAGUGGGCGUUGGUUACUGGGGGAGUAUUUGGAUUCCUGGCAGCACUGGGAGGGGAGGUUGAGAUUACUGGGAGGGGAGCUUGGUGUUACUGGGAGCACUGGGAGCACCCCAGCUUCACCCCCCCCCCCCCUGCCCCUCCCUUAUCCUGCCUCUUUUCCUCCUAAACCAAGACAAAAUCUCCACAUUCAGUAGCUAUUCCCCGUAUUCAGUAGCCAAGCCCCCGCAAAAUUCAUUAGCCACUCCCCAAAAUGCGGUAGCCAGCCCCAAAAUACGGUAGCCACACCGAAAUUCGGUAGCUAGGACCAUUUCCCUGUAUUUAGGGUUCUGCUCUGCGGCUGGCGAGGGACUGGCGCUCCCAGUGGGAUCCCAGUCCACGGCCAUAAAGGACAAACAGGGACCUCUGAAGGGAUCCGAGGCUCCUGCACCGGGAGCGCCGGGACUUCCCUGGAGGUGGCUGGGGGCAGAAGUCAAGAAUAAUUAAAAAGAUGCCAAUUUUGGGGCUA